AUGCGCGGUUUUGCUUUUUAACUCAACCCGGAAAAAGCCAUGUCACUGCUAUCAUGUGCUAACGCUAACGCUCUGGCUCCAAAACUCGGCUUUAAUUCUCAGUACCAUGAGAUUCAGCAGCACUCACGGCUGUUAACCGUGUAGCACAAGGAUCCAGGACUAAAAAAACCCCUGUGUGCAUUCGUUCUGGGACAUGCCUUACUUGGACAGACACAAUCGCAUCUGUGGAUUUUUGGACAUUGAGGAAAAUGAGAACAGCAGCAGGUUUUACCGGCGCUACUUCAUCCUGGACUCGCCGCGUAACUCUCUCCUCUGGUACAUGGACAAUCCACAGAAUCUGCCAGAGGGAACAGAAGCUGUUGGAAGCUUGAAGCUGAGUUACAUUUCAAAGGUUAACGAAGUCUCUGUCAAACAGAAGCCCAAGACGGAGUUUUGCUUUGUGAUAAAUGCUUUGUCUCGACGGUACUUCCUGCAAGCCAACGAUGCCGUGGACUUAAAGGAGUGGGUCUUCGCCCUGAAUAAGGCCACUAAAAUUACAGUUCCCAAAAGCCCAUCACCAAUUACUCAGAGUACAGAAGCUGCCCCUGCGACGAGCCAAACUCAGUCAGCAACUCGGCAGGCCUACAAAACCGAGAUUGUAGGAGGCGUGGUGGUCCACACACCAGUCCAGCAGAACGAAACGGAUGACGUGUUCACUAAUGAAGUGGCUCCACAUGUGACUCUGAGGAGAAGCCAGAGUUUACGGCCAAACAUUCUGAGAUCAGGAUACUGUGUCAAACAAGGCAACGUGAGAAAAAGCUGGAAAAGGAGGUUUUUCAUUUUAGAUGACCAGACUGUGAGUUACUAUAAAAAUGAAACGGAUAAAGAACCAUUACGCAGUAUUCGACUGAGGGACAUACAGAAGGUUCACGAGUGCCUGGUAAAAUCAGGGGACCUGCUGUCACGUGACAACCUUUUUGAGAUCAUCACAAGUGCAAGAACCUUCUACAUUCAGACAGACACACCUGAAGAAAUGAACGGCUGGAUAAAAGACAUUGCGUCAAAAAUUCAAGAUUUUAGAGGACCAUCAAAGAGUCAUCGUUUUGGCUCCGGCCAGAUGAAACCACCCCUGAUAAAAUCCUGCUCCACAGCACAGUCCUGGCAGCCAUGGACCCCGGUCCCAAAGAAGACGACUCAUUCGGUUGACGAAGAGUUAAGAGAGAGCACUUUCUCCUCACUGCCCUCUCUCUCAGACACACGGGAGAGCAUGGAGUCCAGAAUACGCCAGAGACACCACUCUCAGCCUCAACAAUCUGCCACAAACCCACACUUUCCCAUGGACAAGGACAUGCACAUACGCACCUCUGAUGUCUAAAUCUGUUUCUGCUAUUGCUGCUCACAAGCACACUUUGUGUUAUUCCAUUAUCUUUCUUUUUUUAUUUGUUUGCAUUCAAAUUUCACACAACAUGCAAUGCUUUUAGACGUAAUAAGUGUGAUGGAAAGCAGUGAAUAAGCCAACGUGGCUUUGAGAUUCUCAUCACUGAGAGUGUACAGGUGAAUAUAUUUUAUGAAAAGGUGCUGAAAGAAGGAGCCUUUUUUUGGGGGGGGUGUCAGGCUGUAUAGUCCUUUUUGUGAAUAUGGUGAGUUUUUACAUUUGAGUGACCACAAACUUGUCUUUUAUUCCACAAGUUAUUGUGUAUGGCAUACACUUGAAAGUAUUAUGGAUAGUCAAAAUGUUGAUGGAUUUGUUUUUGAUUGUAUUGUCCUUUUUAAGUGUGCAUAAAAUGCUGCUGCGCUAAAGAAUUUAAAUAAAAUAUAAACUGGGACAACUGUUCACUUGCAUUUCAGGCGCACAUGCAGAUUUCGUCUUGUUCUCAUCUCAUCUCAUUAUCUCUAGCCGCUUUAUCCUGUUCUACAGGGUCGCAGGCAAGCUGGAGCCUAUCCCAGCUGACUACAGGCGAAAGGCGGGGUACACCCUGGACAAGUCGCCAGGUCAUCGCAGGGCUGACACAUAGACACAGACAACCAUUCACACUCACAUUCACACCUACGGUCAAUUUAGAGUCACCAGUUAACCUAACCUGCAUGUCUUUGGACUGUGGGGGAAACCGGAGCACCCGGAGGAAACCCACGGGGAGAACAUGCAAACUCCGCACAGAAAGGCCUUUGUCGGCCACGGGGCUCGAACCCGGACCUUCUUGCUGUGAGGCUACAGUGCUAACCACUACACCACCGUGUUGCCCCUAUUGUGCUAUGCAAGGUCUGAAAUAACAGGCAAGUUCGAAGUAUAGUGCUCUAAUCCAUUGUUUUUCUUGCUAAUUGUUAACUCCGCAGUGUCAAAUGAGUGUGUUGAAGGGAGUGAAGUGAACAGUAAACAUGGCAAUGGGGAAAAAAGGUAAGCUUUUUAACUACAUUGUUGCAGCAGGAACAGAAAUGCACAGAAAGCUUGGCUGUUCAGUCUUCUGGAAUUAGAGAAGCUGGAACAAAGGGAAGUUGGCAGCAGCAUGAGAAAUGCAUGAGCAAUUGGUGAUGAUGCAACAGUGCAAUGAGGUGAUUCAGAAGAGAGGAGUACAGCUAUCUUGUUUACAGAGACAGGGUUCUAACUAGGCCUUUUCAGCAUAUCAAGCUGGUACGCAAUGUUUCCUUACCGCUACGCCUACAAUAUUGCCGACACGCCUAUAAACGUUGCUGCUACGCUAAUAAAAAGACUUGUCAAGCUUGAAAA